ACUUGGUAGAUUUUACAGCCCCCUUGUGGCUGUGUAUUAUGGGUGUGACACUUUACUACUCUGGGGUUGACAGGAAAUGAGACUGUUUCCAUGCUAAUCAAUUUAGUUACUCACACCUGAUCUUGAUUUAAAUACAUCUUAUCAAGAGUUCCAGACCCAUUAAAUUCCCCUUGAGGGAAAGCUCUUUGAGACAGCAUCCAGGGCAGAAGGAGGCUCUCCCUACCCCUUACUCAGCUCUGAGAAUUAAUGUUUCCUAUGUGAGAGCUGGGGCAAGGGGAUGGGGCUGAUGGUUGGUGGCCAAGGUCCAGUCUGGGCUAUGAGGAUGGGGGCGUGGCUCAUCCACUGCUUGGUCCCCUGCAGAUAAGCCUUCCACUUGGAGACCAGAAGUCCCGCCCAGUCAAGAUUCUCUCAGUCUCCAUCCCAGCUCACACUCCUAUCACUCCAUCAGGCCAUGUCCCAUUCGCUCAGUCCCUGCUCCUGGAACACAGGAACCACAUAUGACGUCACCAUGCUCUUUAAUGACCACGCCCCCCCAUUCACUGCCCGCAGGCCCGGGAGACUUGCUGCUGCAUCCCUUCUGGGUUUGACUCGGCGUCGCUCCAUGCUCCACCCCAACCGCAGAAGAUUCUUGUUAGGGCAUCGCGCACGUUCUGAUAUCAGCAGGAGCAACCAGACCGGCAUUCCAAGUAUCGUGGCGGGUGCAGGGGCUGCAGAGUAGUGCCACUGUGACGUCAGCAAGCGGCAACGAACGCUCGCACGCACACUGUGUUUCUGGGAUCGCAGCAAGAGAGGCGGAGGGGAAGGGCGGCAUCCCUGGAUUCUGGGGUACUCCAGGAAAGAGGCGAAGUUGACGAGGCGGAGGGCCUUCUGUGCGUGCGAGCGGCCACCUGUCAGCGCUGUGUCCGGCCUCUGUGGCGCUGUUUCUGGCAUCUGGAGGUCAGAGGUCUGCGGGACCAGAAGUCACAUUUCGGAGACUCAGAUGGCUGCGGUGAGCGACCGGGCAGCCACCGCCGUGGGGACGCGGGGUGAGGAUGCAGUGACUUUUGAUGAUGUGAAUGUGAACUUCACUGGGGAAGAAUGGAAUUUGCUCAAUCCUUCCCAGAAAGCUCUCUACAAAGAUGUGAUGUUGGAAACUUACUGGAACCUCACUGCUAUAGGAUACAGUGGGGAAGACCAUCAUAUUGAAAAACAAUGUCAAAUUUCUAGAAGUCAUGAAAGGCAUGUAAGAAGUCAUAGUGGAGAGAAACCAUAUGAAAAUAAGCAAUGUGGUAAAGCCUUUGAAAUACCCAAUCAUCUCCCAAGACAAAAAAUCAUACAUACUGAAAAGAAAUCCUAUGAAUGUAAUCAAUGUGUUAAAGCAUUUUUAUAUCAGACUAGUCUCCAAUAUCAUAAAAGCAGCCAUACUGGAGAGAAGCCUUAUGAAUGUAAUCAAUGUGGUAAAGCCUUUUCACAUCAGGGUAGUCUACAAAAUCAUAAAAGAUCACAUACUGGAGAGAAGCCUUAUGAAUGUAAUCAAUGUGGUAAAGCCUUUUCAUGUCAGGAUAGUCUCCAACAUCAUAAAAGAACUCAUACUGGAGAGAAGCCUUAUGAAUGUAAUCAAUGUGGUAAAGCCUUUUCAUAUCAGAGUGGUCUCCAUCGUCAUAAAAUAAGGCAUACUGGAGAGAAGCCUUAUGAAUGUAAUUAGUGUGGGAAAGUGUUUGCAAGAUCCAGUCAUCUCCAAAGACAUAAAAGAGGUCAUAUGGUAAAGAAACCUUAAGAAUGUAGUCAAUGUGGUAAAGCCUAUUGACAAGGGAGAUGUCUCCAAAAACAUAAAAGUUACACAUAUAAGAAAGAAAUCUUAUGAAUGGAAUCAAGGUGGAAACAGCCUUUUCACAGUGUUUUUGUCUCCAAAAUCAUAAAGGCAACCAUUAUGGAGAGAAACUAGGAAUGUAGUCAAUGUGCUAACUCCUUUGCCUGUUCCACUAGUCUCCAUAACAUAAAAGAUCUCAUACUGCAAAGAAACUUCAUGAAUGUAAACAGUGUGGUAAAGCUUUUGCAUGUCCUAAUCAUAUUUAAAUACUUGAAAUAAGUCAUCGUAAAAAUAAAUUGUUGAUUUGAAUGUGCUUGGCCCUAAGAAAUGGGACUAUUGGGGGUAUGCAUUGUGGAGUAGAUGUUACAGUUUUGAAGGAAGUGAAUUAGUAUGAUGGUGGUCUUUGGAACUCCUGCCCAUACAAAAUUACUCCUCCUACUACUUGACUGGAAGACAGUCUUUUCCUGGAUGUCUUCUCAUGAAAAUGCAGAACUCUGAGCUCCUUCUCCAGCAUCAUGCCUGGCUACAUGCUGCCAUUCUUUCUGGUAUGGUGGUAAUGAACUAAAAAUUUCAAAGUGUAAGCAAGGCCUAACUAAAUAUUUGCCUUUAAAACAGUUGCCUUUGUCACAGAGUCUCUUCUUAAGUACUGUUAUGAAAGACCUGACCAUGUUUUUGUUUGGAGUAAUAUGGAUUUUUAGACUUUGGAUAUUUAAAUGCAUUAAGUAGAAUAUAAUGGUCUAUCCUUGUGGGAAUAUAGAAAACAUAGGUGCUGGGGGUGAUUUGAACUUUGUAUAUAGGUUUUAUGAUAUCUUGUUGAAGAUUUUUGUUGCCUUUUGCCUUUUUAUAAAGAUUAUAUAUAAGGCUAAUACAAAGAAGUUUAGAUUAAUUACAUUGACAAAGGAAGUCCAGAAAUGCUAGCAUAGACUUUGGCCUGUGUUUAUUUUUCUUCUUAUUUUUUUUUGAUGAAGUAUAAUAAUCUUAGUAAGGAAAAAUGAAAAAGGUAAAGUUCAAAGAGAAAUGUUGCACCAGGAAUUGAAUAAAGCUUAAAACUAUGAUUAAGGAUAUUAAAUGGUAUUUAAUAUCCUUGGUGAUUGUGACAUUAGGACAAGAGUAUACCCAGCUAAUUUGGGUAUUUGCAGUUCUAUGAAAGAUAAUUAUUUUAUAUGAGGAAUUAUUAGUCCAUGGUUAUUGUUUUCAUAUGCACACAAAGGUUAAAAGUAUGUGUCAAAUUGACAAGUGAUGGAUUGUGACUACUAUUCUGGGUUUUCAAUUUAAGAUCUGAAAUAAAAUACAUAGGUCCCGGCAAGGAUGUACAUGGCUUAGAUCCUAGGAGAAUGGAGUCCAGCCUAUUUUUGGUUCAUGUCACCCAAGUACAGAACACAUUUUAUGUAAAGAAAGGCUUAGUUACAAGCAAAGUCUGAAACAUCUUUUAUACCAGCAUUUAGGAGACAGAGCCAUGGAAAUCUCUGAGUUCAAAGUUAAUCUACUGAGCAAGUUCCAGGACAGCCAAGCUUAGGCAGGUAAGAUGUAGAAAAACAGAAAGCUGGUGAUAAUGUAAUGGAAGGGGCCAUGUUCCACCCCGGCAAUCAGCAGAACUCAGCAGAUUUGUCCAUGCAGUUCUUAAUUUAGAGGUAAGGAUAGAAGGGACUACUGGAACAGUUGAUUCUUGCUAAGUGUAGUUAAAAAUUUAGUGUGAUGAAGAAACCAGCAUUGCUGAGGUAAAACCUUCUGGUAAGUAGGGUUUUUUUUUGUUGUUUUGAGAAGAAAAAGAAUCUAUGUUCCAGAGAUAGCCAAGGUUGUACCUUGUGGUGCACCUGGACAUGGUCAUGUGUGAGAAUCACCCAGGUGGUAUUGGUUUCAAAGGCGUAAAGGUGUUAUGCAGUACAGGUAAGACUUGGCAACAUGAAGGGAGUGUAUGAGAGGAAAGCUGUGAAGCCUUGUUUCAGCAUCAGAACCCUGUUUAUUGAAGAUGUCAGUCCGUUGGAUGAGCUUCGAGAACAGCAUCAGCAGUAGAGUGGAGUCAACAAGAACCUAGAGUGCUACAGAGGGAACAGUUGGAAAACUGACACAAUUUCUUUUGAGGAGUGCAGAAGAUCAUGUGAGAAUCCCAGAUACUGGAACAAGAACUUGUCAUAUUGAAGUUGUCAUAGGGAACCCAAGAUUUGGAGAUUACAGAGCUAUGGGAUACCUGUUCAGGUAAACUGCUCUCAGGGAAUAAAACCAGCCAAAGAGAAAGAUGUGUGCUCUAGUAAACAAAACAGUAAGCAGUUAGAGAUCUGAAGCAUGCUUUGAAUUCAGACAUAGACAUGCAGAGUUUUGAGAUUGUCCACCUGGAUUUUGGUCUUGUUUAGGUCCAAUAUUUCCUCAUAUUGACCUUUAGUAGUGGUGAAGAAUAUUCUGGGAAUUUGUACGUAUAUGAUGUUCUAUCUGUUUUUGAAAAUAUUGGGGAUUACAUUUAGAUUAUUGGAUGAAUCCCAGAAGAUGAACUUUGGACUUUUACCAUUUUUUGAGACUGCUAUGAAUGAUGUGGAUUUUGAUGUUGGACCUCAUGUAUUUUACACAAUGCUAUAAACAUAGUGUGGUCCGCAUAUAUUCAUGUUUUUGAACAAUCAUAUGGGGGCCAGUGAGUGGAAUGGGCUACAUUACAUAUCUUUGUCCCAGGGAGAUUCACUGUCAGGAAUUGUGGCUGGAUGGGAAAAGUGUACCAUUGUGGGGGUGGGCUUGAAGUUCAACCCCAUGCUUAAGAGACCCUCCUAAUUGCUCCCAAGAAGACAGUUUCUUCCUGACUCCUUUAAAUCAAGAUGCAGACCUCUCAGCUCCUUCAGCAUUAUGUUUGCCUGUAUGCCAACCAAGCUUCUUGCUACAAUGAAAAUGGUCCAAACCUCGGAAACUGUAACCCAGCCCUAAUUAAAUGUUUGCUUUUAUAAGA